AUGAAGUCUUCUGCCAUGAGCAACGGCGUAAUGCAUUCCCUGCUUUGGGCACUUGCCGUUCAUCCUGCCUCUGCAUUGCCCUCCUCCUCCACAGGCCGUCGCCAGACCGGUGGCGGAGGCCAGACCCAACAGGUUGACUAUGUGGUUGUUGGGGGUGGAACAGCAGGUUUUGUAGUGGCUGAGCAGCUGUCACGGAAUCCCCACGUGUCUGUGAUGCUCUUUGAGGCCGGUCCAGAUAAUGCGGGAGUCGAGAACAUAGACGUGCCGCUUUUCGCCCCUCGACUGCUCUUCGCUGAGCACGCCUGGAAUUAUACGUCCCAGCCCGAUCCGAAUCUCAACGGCCGCACGCCUACGCUCGACCAAGGCCGUGGCUUCGGUGGUGGCAGCGCUAUCAACUACCUAGGACACUGCCGUGGUGCUGCUUCCAUUUUUGACGAAUGGGUGGAAAUAGCAGGUGAUGAUGGGUUACGUUGGGAAAAUCUGGUCGAGAACUUCAGAGCCGUUUCUCACUACAACCGACUGCCUGACCAAACCUUCAACCCGCCGGUCAACCACAGUGUCUACGGCGAUGGCCCCAUAGAGCUUACGAUGCGGAAUAAUGACCUCGGAAUCGAGACGGCCGUCAUGAUGGCCUAUACUUCCACAUUGGGUCUCCCUCUUGUCGACCUGAGCGAUGGCACUGGCAUUGGCGUAUCGAGCGGUCUCGUCGGCGUUCGCGGAGAAAAUAGGACGAGAGUCUUCGCGCCUCAGGCUUUUGGAUGGCAAAUGGCCACCAGGUCGAACGCUCAGCAACUUCAUCAUGCUUGGGUCACCAGGGUCAAUUUUGACGGCACUCGCGCAACUGGUGUGACAUACGUCAAUUCCAAUAACCCCUCGGAGGAAACCACUGUCCAGGCCCGGGAAGUUAUUCUUUCAGGUUGGGCCAUUAAUAGCCCAAAGCUUCUCAUGCUCUCCGGUGUAGGACCAGCAGAUCAUCUGCGAAAUCUCAGCAUUGAUGUUGUGGCAGAUAUACCGGAUGUUGGAAGUAAUUUGCUCGACCACCACAAUUCCUUCAUUGAGUACGAGGUCCUCGAUGACGUACAGACCCUGUACCAGUACGACAAUAACCAGACCAUGGCCACCCAAGCCAAUGCAGACUAUACAGAGUUCCUUUCACACGGAUCUACCCGCGGAUAG